AUGGCGCAGCGCACCGAGUUCGGAGUAGUGAUUAUCGGAGCUGGGAUAGGCGGACUCGGGAUGGGUAUGACCUUCAAGCGCAAGCUGGGCUUUGAUGACUUUGUCAUCUUCGAGCGCGAUUGCGACGUCGGAGGUACUUGGAGGGCCAAUACCUAUCCGGGUUGUUCAUCGGACGUCAUGAUUCACGGCUACUGCUAUUCCAACGUUUUAAAACCGGACUGGACAAAGUCCCGCGGUGGUCAAGCCGAAAUCCUGAGUUACUUGAUGGAUGUUGCUGAGAAGUACGACCUUCGUCGUCACUGCGUAUUCGACACGUCCGUGACAAAGGCCGAAUGGGAUCAGCACGCAUCACUCUGGCGUAUCAGCGCCACAACAAAGGGCAGAACAUCGCAGGUCACUGCCAAGAUACUCGUGUCAGCUACCGGAAUUCUCGUCGAACCCAACGUACCGGACAUCCCUGGUGCGGCUGAGUUCAAAGGUCCGCGCUUCCAUUCGGCUAGGUACAGGCACGACGUCGACCUUCGUGGCAAGAAGGUAGCUGUCAUUGGGAACGGGUGCUCGGCAGCGCAGAUCAUCCCGGCAAUAUCUGAAGAUCCAGACGUCGAGGUGGUUGAGUACUGCCGCACACCUAUGUGGUAUGUCCAGGGGGCGCAUAUACCUUACUCUUCGUUCUGGAAGUGGGUAUAUGCCAAUAUACCCUUCAUCAUGUGGCUUCAUCGCAUACGCACACAGACGAUGCACGAGCUUGGCUGGUUCAUCGUCGGCUUUCGGUCCGAGUUCAUGAGGGAGUGGACUCGUAAGUCGAUGAUGAGAUAUAUCAGAGCCAAAGUGCCAAAGGAGUAUGCUGAUAGAAUGAUACCGGACUACGCUCCGGGGUGUCGACGGAUCAUAUUCGAUAACGAGUAUCUGUCUUCGCUUCAUAGACCCAAUGUUACGCCAGUCUUCAAGGGUGUUCGCAGGAUUGCCGAAGGUGGCAUUAUCGACGAUGACGGCGUGCACCGCCCGUGCGAUAUCAUCAUCUACGCCACAGGGUUUGUCACGGAUCGUUUCCCUAUCCAUAUACAGGGCAAGUCUGGACAGCCUCUGGGCGACUUCUUCGAAGAACAAGGCGGCCCCCUUGCAUAUUUGGGCACAACGGUGCCGGACUUCCCGAACUUCAUGCUCGUUCAAGGUCCAAACACAACUACCGGUCAUGCUUCUGUGAUAAUCAGUGAAGAAUGCCAGUUCAACUACGCAAUGGAACUCUUCAAGCCCAUACUGAAAGGAGAGCUAGAUAGUGUUGAGCCCACUCAGGACGCAACAUCACGCUACAACAAAUGGCUUUCAGCCCGCCUCUCGACCUCCGUGUUCACGUUAUGCACUUCAUGGUACCGGGCAGGCGGGACUGGCAAGGUCUUCUCGAAUUUUCCUGGACCGCUGACACUAUUCUGGUGGUUGACUCUCUCGCCACGCUGGUCCGACUACGAAGUACAGGGUGUUCACAAGGGUGUUUGGGUUCAGAAACGUAGGAUGUCAGGCAUCUUGCGCCGGCUUGCGUUCUUGACAGCCCUCACGGGAGCCUCGGUAAUGGCACAUGUGGCAGGUAUCAUGAGACUGGGGUCGGCCGAAGGUGUCUGGGCGAGUGUCAAAGCUCUUAUCAGCCCUAUCAUACCGUCUCGGAAAGCCGGCUCAGAGAUUCAAAUCCAGGUUCCCCUACGGUCAUCUGCUCUCGCGAAUCCGUGGUUACCUCCCACAGGACGGCUUCGCUACACAGUGCUCAAUCUUCCUCGCAGUUUGUUCGUGCCUAACCCUGGCUCUGUACUCCGCAGGUCCGUCGGCAGGAAGCGUCGUCCCAAAACAUGCAAACAGUCCAUUGGACCAUUAGAUAUGGCGCAUCGCACAGAUUAUGGAGUUGUCAUCAUUGGCGCUGGGAUCGGUGGGAUUGGUAUGGGCAUGACGCUCAAGCGGAAACUGGGAUAUGAAGACUUCGUGAUCUUCGAACGCGAUAGCGACUUCGGUGGUACAUGGAGGGCCAACACCUACCCCGGUUGCGCAUCCGACAUCAGGAUACACGGGUACUCGUACUCCAACGUUCUGAAGCCGGAUUGGCAGAAGACACACGGUAGUCAGCCGGAGAUUCUAGAGUACCUCGUGGGCGUCGCGGAGAAGUUUGGCCUUCGCCCCCACUGUGUAUUCAACACAUCGGUAACGAACGCGGAAUGGGAUCAAGCCGCGUCUAUCUGGCGCAUCAACACUACGAAUACGAAGGGCGAGAUCUUGACCGUCCGGGCGAAAGUGCUCGUCUCCGCCAUGGGCGUGCUCGUCGACCCAAGUAUCCCGGACGUUCCUGGCAUGGACCGGUUCAAGGGCCCCAUCUUUCACUCAGCCCGGUACAGACACGAUGUAGACCUUCGUGGAAAGAACGUGGCCGUAGUAGGAAAUGGGUGUUCAGGGGCUCAGAUCGUCACAGCGAUUUCAAAGGAUACCACGAUCGACGUUACUCAGUACUGUCGUUCGCCAAUGUGGUACAUGCCGGGGGGCCACAUGCCGUACUCUUCGUUCUGGAAGUGGGUAUAUGCCACGAUUCCCUUCACCCUGCGCUUCCAUCGCAUCCGCACGCAGCUUACGCACGACUCUCGUUGGUUCCGAGUUGGGUUUCGCAACCCAUCUACGAGGGCCGGCGUUGAGAAGCGCAUGACUGCUUACAUCGAGCAAAAAGCGCCCAAGGAGCACGUGAACAAGAUGAUACCAAACUAUCCUCCCGGAUGUCGCCGAAUGAUAGUCGAUAAUGGCUAUCUAGCCUCACUGAGCCGGCCGAAUGUCACGCCUGUCUUCUCGGGCGUCGCUGAGGUCACCGAGACCGGCAUCAUCGGAGAAGAUGGCGUCCAUCGUCCUUGUGAUGUCAUUAUACUUGCUACGGGCUUCCUCGUGGACAAGUAUCCGUUUGCUAUCCGCGGCCGCUCUGGCAAACAUCUGGACGAUUACUUUGUUGAGCAAGGCGGCCCGACCGCCUAUUUAGGUUCCACGAUACCCGACUUCCCUAACUUCAUGCUCGUGCAAGGACCGAACACCAGUACAGGCCAUGCUUCCGCCAUCUUCACGGAGGAGUGCCAGUUCAACUACGCCGUGCAGCUAUUCAAGCCCGUUCUGAGAGGCGAGCUUGACGCUGUGGAGCCAACACCAGCCGCGACGACCCGUUACAAUGAAUGGCUCUAUUCUCGCCUUUCAACUUCGGUUUUCACAGAGUGCACGUCGUGGUACCGAGCUGGUGGGAACGGGAAGAUCAUCUCGAACUUCCCAGGGCCCCUCGCGCUAUUUUGGUGGCUGACGCUCUCGCCGCGCUGGUCGGACUAUAACGUGCGCGGCAGCCGCAAGACCAUGUGGAUCUUCAAACGCCGCACGGCCAGUCUUCUGCGUGGUUUGGGAUACUUGCUAGCCAUCACUGGUGUUCCCAUCGCUGCGCAAGCGGCGGGAAUCGUCGACGUCGCCCCUUUGGGACGCGCUUGGAUGGGCAUGCAUAGCCUGCUCCUCAAUUGGAUGCAAUCGGUUCAGGUGUAA